ACUGUCUCACUUCCUUGCGAAAAACGUCCUGUGUCCAGCUUAUCAAACUGUUGCUAGUCGGUCAUGAAGAAGCUGGGGUUGCUGCUGCUUGGAGCAAUGUUCUGUCUGUGUGUGUCCGCUGCAGCGGACGCACAACUUGACCUGCAGGGAGACACAACGAUACCAGAGAAGGAAGGCAUUUUACAACUUGAAAAGGGGAACUUCAAAAGGGCUUUGAGAAAACACAAGCAGCUGUUGGUGCACUUCUACACUCCGCUGACAUCAGAAGGUCAUCGUGUUGCAGCUGCAUUCAAAGCUGCUGCCGCAGAGCUUCAGGGGUCAGAGGUCAAGCCGGCAGUCAUUGAUGUGACAACGGAAAAAGAGUUGGCGAAAAAGCUCCAUGGGAGCGGACAGCCCAGCAUCAGACUCUAUCUCUCUGGAGAUGUAACCAACCCGGCUCUCUGCCCUGUUCCUCAGAGUUCAGCUUCCAUCUUGACCUGGCUGCAGAGGAGGGCGGGGACAUCUGCUGAUCUCAUUGCGGAUCUGAGCCAAUUAGAGGCCAUAGACGAUCUAAUUGUGGUUGGUUUCUUCAAGGAGCUGAACCAUGAGUUGGUUCAGGUGUUUUACGCUGCAGCCAUCGACCUCCCUGACAUCCGCUUUGCUGUGACGCAGGAUGAUGAAGUCAUCAGCAAAUAUACCGUCACUCAGGAUGUUGUUCUGCUGCUCAAAAAAUCUCAGCUCAUUCAGACGUACAGAAUGAAGCCAGAAACACCUAAAGAGGAGCUGGUUGUUUUCAUCUCUGUCUACCAGAUGGAUCCAGUUACUGAAUACGAUGGCCAGACAGCCUCACAGAUCCUAGGUUCACCUGUGUUAAACCACGCCCUGCUCUUUGUCAACAAAAGCUCUGAGGACUUUAGAGAGAUUUUCUCUGCUUUCCACAACGCUGCAGAGGCAUUUAGGCUGAAG